GGACGGCGCGUGCAAAACAAGCCCGUGUUUGCUCUACUCUUCAGCUUUAAGGUCUACGCAAAUCAUGAGCCGCUUUUCCACGACAACAUUUGGGAUCUGAAAUGCGUAUCGCACCGUGCUACGACAACCAGAAUUCAGACGUCCGGUUUGAUCGCCACGGCUUCUCGAAAGGCGCACUCGCCGUCGUUUCUGCGCCGCAGAUAUCCAACGAUCUCGUCGCGAUUCAUGCCGAACGGGUCAGAAUAGUCUUUUGAACUUUUUUUGUUCUUACUUUGACUUUCGCACUCUUUGCGGAGCUUGGCAUGUCCUCUAGCCUUGUGGCUUCACGGACGGGGGGGUUGGAGAUCGCUUACGCACGUCUGUCGCCAUCGCCGCGCGCGGGGGACGUGGAAUCGUCACCUCCGACAAUCAUCUUCCUUCACGGCUCGGAAUCCUGCCAUCUGGAGUUUUCCCGCGUCGCGCAGUUCCUGAAAGACGACUACGAGAUCCUGCUCGUCGAUCUGCCGGGGCACUCGCGAUCCAAGGCGAUACCGUUCAGCUUCGAUAAUGCCAUCGGCGGGAUCCUGAACCUCGUCAGGACGCAGGUCAGUGGCAGCAAGGUGCAUCUCGUCGGCCUGUCGCUCGGCGGCUUCAUCUCGCUCGAGUUUGCCCGCAGGCAUCCCGAGAACGUGCUCAGCGUGUGGUGCACCGGCUGUGCGCCGUUCAGCGGCUUCGGGCUCUGGCUGCGGUCGCAGUCACGCCUGCUCAGCGCGCUCAUCUGCACGGCGGGUAGGCUGGUGCCCGAAAGCGUCUUCUGGGCCUCGCUCGGCGCCAGGCUGGACCCCAUCCCGGGCUUCAGGGCGGAGGUCAGAAGCAACCAGACGAUGGACAUGCUGAGGCCCAUGUUCGACGAGCUCGUCUCCAUCACGCUCGACGAUCUAGCCCGGAUACGCGGCGUGCGCGUCGCCAUCGUCGCGGGCGGGAGGCACGACAGCGUCGAGGACACGAUCAAGGCGGGGCGGGUGCUCCAGAGUGGAAACCCGGAGUGCGCCGCGUUCGUGGUGCGGCAGGCAAUUCACUGGUGGUCGCUGCAGUUUCCCGAGGAGUUCGCCGCAGGCAUCAGAGCGUGGAUCGAACGCAGAGAGAUGCCGAAGAUAUAUGAGCCUCUGCUUGCCCCAGCUUCUUGAGGCCAGAUUGGAAAGAAGAGGUCGGCAGCCUCCUUACGUCCCCCCCUACCAGCUACGGGCGCUUUGGACCAAGGGCCGAAAAGGUUCCUGGUAGGAAGCCGACUCAAGAGGACUAUCAGAUUUUCUUUUUCGUCGUUCCAUUUGUGCAUUGCGUCACAGUAAUUGGUCCUCAUAUUCUUGAGGUGGGCGUCUGGCAUGUCGAAGUACGCGCGCGCGUACUGAGAGCUGCAAGAAAAGGCGGCGCCGAGGAGCGCCUGUUGUAAGACGAACAACACCAGUUGUCGAUGUCAACAGGACUAGCAUUUUUGCGAAGCAUAGAAAUCGUGUUUCUCC